AUGUCCGUGGUUCCUCCCUCGCUGCUCUGUCUUGGGUUGUGUCUGAGCCAGAGCACUUGGGCACAGAAGGGAAAUCUCCCCCCACCUCGUAUCACAGCUCUGCCUAGAUCCACAGUUCCACCUAGGUGUCCUGUGACCCUCCUAUGUCAAGGACCUAAACAAGCUGAGGGGUACAGAAUAUCAAAAGUGGGAAGUCCUGAGCCCAUGGACAAAGAGGAACAGAUCACACCUGGGAAGACCAACACUUUGAGUAUCGCAGAGAUAACAACAGACAAGACAGGGCUAUACCACUGCUCCUAUCAGAGACGAGGCCGCUGGUCCCAGUUCAGUGACCCCCUGCAGCUGGUGAUGACCGGAGCUUAUGACAAACCCUCCCUCUCCAGCGUGGCUGGCACAGUGGUGGCUCCAGGGGAGAAUGUGAAGUUGCAGUGUUUCUCCAAAAUCAACUAUGAUGUAUUUAUCCUCACCAAAGAAAAUGGAGAUCACAUCACCCAGAACCAAAGCUCCACCCCCCAGCACAGAGGAUACCAGACCAUCUUCCUCUUGAAUCCAGUCUCCACCACACAGGCGGGGACCUACAGAUGCUAUGGUGCCUUCCUCAACAACCCCUAUGUGUGGUCUCAGCCCAGUGACCCACUGCAGCUUCAGGUUGAAGGAACCACUGACUCUCCCAGCAACACACAACCCAGACGUGCAACUGCCCCAUCUGACAACCUAGCCUCCCAAGACAGACACCUGGGCAUCUGGAUCGGUGUCCCGGUGGCCGCGGGUCUCCUGCUCCUAGUCGCUCUCAUCCUCUACUGUCUGCGCAAAGCCAAAAACAACGCUGCGAGGAAAGAAAGACAGCCAGAGGCAGCUGGCCAGGUGAAUGGACAGGCCUCUGAAGCUGCGGACCCGCAGGAGGUCACCUAUUCCCAGGUGACCUGCCGCGUCCCCCACCAGGGGACCGCUGGGACACCCUCCUGGGUGCCCAGACAGACCCAGAGGAGCGAGUAUGUGACGCUGGCCUUCAGAUAA